AUGGCACCUCGCGCUCAGAAGGCGGCAAGCGGUACGCCGGGUGGCUCGGGAACGCCCGGUCCAGACGAUGGUCCGCAGAUCAGUCCAGGAGGCACGUACGGCUUGGAGGAUGUGGUGGUAGGCUCCAAAGCCUUCGUUCAGAAGCCCGACGUGGUUACGGGAGAGAUGGAGGAGAGGAAGGCCGAAAUCCUGUCCAUUCGCGAGAAGCCCAAACCUCGUCUCACCAAGAAGCAACAAGCAGAGCUCGAAGGCAAGCCGGCGCCGACAUUGGAGGAGAAGCUGGAGUACUAUGUCCACUACAGCGAAUUCAAUAAGCGCCUUGACGAGUGGGUCAGCGGCACUCGUAUCAUCACUUCUCGCGAGCUGGAAUGGCCAAAGAAGGAGCCGGUCAACGACAAGACCAAGAGGAAGAUUGUGCGCACAGCGAGUGGAGCGUCCACGCCUUCGACGCCCCUCACACCGACUGGCAAAGGCAGUCGUGGCGCUGGCGCCAGCAACUUGCUCAAGAAGGCGGCCAAGAACGUCUUGGAAGAGGCGGGUCUCGAGACACCACAAAAGCGCAAGGCCGACUCUGGCGACACAACAAGAGCCGAAUCAGUGGAUGCAGACGCAGAUGGCGAGGACGAUGAUGAGGGCGCUGUCGUCGAGAUGGAGAUGCUCGGUGGCCGAGACAUUGCAACAGGAAGCGAUGGCAACCUCAGCGCCUCCGUCAGUGCCUCGCUCAACGCUAACCAAGGCCAAGAAACCUUCAGCAAGAAGCAGGAGAUCGAGAAGCUACGCACGUCAGGCUCCAUGACCCAGUCCGUCUCGGAAGUCGCUCGUGUGAAGAACCUCAACAAGAUUCAGAUGGGCGAUGCUCUCGUCUCGACAUGGUACUUUUCCGCCUAUCCUGCCGAAUACGCACACAUCGAUGUCCUCUACAUCUGCGAGCUCUGCCUCUCCUACUAUCCGAGCCCCUUCACGCUCAAGCGCCAUCGAAGCAAGUGCGCGCUCCAGCAUCCGCCAGGCAACGAGAUCUACCGACACGAAGAGAUCUCCUUUUUCGAGAUCGACGGCCGCAAGCAAAGGACGUGGUGCCGCAACCUAUGUCUGCUCAGCAAGUGCUUCCUCGACCACAAGACGCUCUACUACGACGUCGAUCCCUUCCUCUACUAUUGCAUGGUCAAGCGCGACGACAAGGGCUGCCACCUCUUGGGCUACUUUUCCAAGGAGAAGGAUUCGGCGGAGAACUACAACGUCGCCUGUAUCUUGACGCUACCGCAACACCAGCGCCACGGCUACGGCAAGCUGCUCAUCGAGUUCUCCUACGAGCUCAGCAAGAUCGAGAAGAAGCUCGGCAGUCCUGAAAAGCCGCUCUCGGAUCUGGGUCUGCUGAGUUACCGUGCCUACUGGGCCGAGAUCAUCGUCGACCUGCUGCUCAACACCGAGGAGGACAUCAGCAUCGAAGAGAUUGCACAAAAGACCGCCUUCACCCACGCCGACGUGCUCCACACCUGCAUGGCGCUCAACAUGCUCAAGCAGUACCAGGGCAAGCACUAUCUCGUCCUUUCGGAUGCGGUCAUCGCAAAACACGCGAAGACGGCCAAGAAGAACCGCAAGCGCAUCAACCCAGCCAAGCUCGUGUGGACCCCGCCGUCAUACCAGCGCUUCCAGCUUCAGUUUGGUUGGUAG